AUGCUCCUACUCAACUUCCUCUCCAAUCACAUUUCCACCACUUGGGAUGGCCUGAACUUCACCAAAACAACACUCACCAAAGCUGCUGAAUAUAUCAACUCUCAUGGCACUCCAGAACAGAAGCAGACUUGCACUGACAAGAGUGUGGAGUCCUGCAAAAAUAAAUGGAAUACCUUCAAGUCCUCAUAUACUCAAGUUGUUUGCAUCAAGAAUGGUUCAGGGCUUACAUGGAGUGAUAAGGACAGUGCAGGCAUAUCACCUGAGACCCAGCAUGUGUGGAAUGAUCUUGUUAAGGCCAAUCCUAGCAUUGCCCCCUUUUGUAACAAAGGCUUCAUCCACUUCAUGAAAAUUGAGAGCAUGUAG